AUGUUUGCUACUCGUCUCACUAAUAUGGUGACAUCAACAGUUACCAGCACAGGCAUUACAGAUCCUGCUACCACUUCAUCACGAUCAUACCGUUACUACAAGAGAGAUGAUGAUGAUUCGUCGUCGUCUACAAGCAGCUCGAAAGAUGCAAAAUGUACAGGCACGAAAGCUCAAUGUCAGAAGCCUGUGGAUCACGAUAUGUCUGUGACCAUCGGUGUGGCAGUGGCAGUGCCUGUCGUGGUGGUGAUAGUAUUUCUAGGGGUGAUCCUCUAUUUUGUUUAUCGUCGUGGGAAGAAAGAAGCUCUCGAGGAUAAUGAUCCGGAUUUCGACGGUGAUGAAUAUUUGCCAGGACAUUAUCCUGCACAUUCUCAGUAUGAUAAUCAUAUGGAAACAAAACAGGUAUUUCACGAACAAUAUAACCAGACACAGUUUCAACCACAAAGUAUAAACCCUUUCAAUGAUAACAAUACUGCCAAUUAUAGUAUUAAUAAUAAUAAUUACAAUGAUAAUAAUAAUAAUAAUAAUAAUAUUCAACCUUGGGAAGUCAAUCCGUUCCAUAUCCCUGGAAGUGGCUCUGAUAUUCAUUCGUUGAGAACAUUCGCUAAGGAGAUUAAAAUGGAUGGCGACCGUGGUUAUAACUUGGCGUCGAUGUCACGUCAUGCGUCUCAAUCGUCGUUAGAUUUACUCUCAUCAGCGACAAAUAAUACAUCGCCAUUAGAAAAAGAAGAAAGGAUUUAUUCUACACAACCAUUGCCUCACGAAGAAGAUGGAAAUGAAGAACAGGAACGUUCAGUUUCCUUAUCAGAACCUCAACUUCAACCUGAACCUAUACCACUACAGGUUGCACGAUUCGAUGACGAUGGGGAACCAAUAUCCCCAGCAGAAGAAGAGAAUAUACGUCGUAUGAGAAGUAUUUAUAAAGUGUAUUUAGAUAGGAAUGACACAAUUAUACGACAAUCUCCAGAGAAAUCAGUGACGAUGGAACAGGACCCUGUAAUGACAACAAUGAAUGAUCCUCAUAUAGAUGUGCAACAACAACACCUGGCUGUAAUACAACAACAGCAGCAAGUUCCACAGGAAGACGAAGACCCAGCCAAUAAUAUGAAUGGCUUCAAAGAUAACAGUACUAAUAGUCGGGCCACGCAGUAUCGAGUUGCAUCAUCGAUUUACUCCGAAUUACCAAAUAAACCAGCUGAUGUACAGUAUCAACAACAACCAUUACCUCAAUAUCCUCAAUACAUACCUCAACAGCAAUACCCUCAGCAACAGAUGCAAUAUUCUCAACAAGAAAUGCAGUACAUGCCUCAGCAAUCAUAUAUUCUACAACAACGUAACCAUCCACAAACUUUGGAAAGUAUAGGGGAAUUGCCUCCACCUGCAAGAUUAGCGUAUAGUACUUCGUCACAUUCAUUAACUUCGUUCCGUCAACCUUCAAAACAAACUUUUGCAUUACAGACUGCAAGGUUAAACGGGACAGCGUUAAACCCAAUGGAUCAUCCAGAAAUGUUUUAUUCUCAAUCUGAUGAGCCAUAUAUGUCCCAGCCACAACAACAACAAUAUGCUAACGAUUCGCAAAGUAUAGCCACGAAUAAUACUACCGGUACAACGUCAUACAUUCAUCCUUACCAGUUACGUAAUAGUAUAGUGAUGACAAACCCAUCUGAAUUACAAUCAUCAUCUCGUUCCUAUAGACCUGCAGGGUCUUUCAGAAAAUUUAAUGAUCCUAUGACUAAUAAUAAUUCUAGAAAUAAUAGUCUUGUUACUUCAAAUAAUGCAUACCAACAAUAUGUUCAAUCGAGAGUAAGUGGGAUUCUAGAGGAAUCGGACGUUUUACAGCCUCCAAGUAUCCCUGGUAUUUUACCACACAGUGGUUCGAGUGAAGACUUGCGUAAACAACUAGGUUCUUCGCAUAACUUUAAUGUAUCUAUGUAG